UUACCAGAACCUCCUAAAAUACCCGAAUCUUUAAUAUUACCAGAACCUCCUAAAAUACCCGAAUCUUUAAUAUUACCAGAACCUCCUAAAAUACCCGAAUCUUUAAUAUUACCAGAACCUCCUAAAAUACCCGAAUCUUUAAUAUUACCAGAACCUCCUAAAAUACCCGAAUCUUUAAUAUUACCAGAACCUCCUAAAAUACCCGAAUCUUUAAUAUUACCAGAACCUCCUAAAAUACCCGAAUCUUUAAUAUUACCAGAACCUCCUAAAAUACCCGAAUCUAUAAUAUUACCAGAACCUCCUAAAAUACCCGAAUCUAUAAUAUUACCAGAACCUCCUAAAAUACCCGAAUCUAUAAUAUUACCAGAACCUCCUAAAAUACCCGAAUCUAUAAUAUUACCAGAACCUCCUAAAAUACCCGAAUCUAUAAUAUUACCAGAACCUCCUAAAAUACCCGAAUCUAUAAUAUUACCAGAACCUCCUAAAAUACCCGAAUCUAUAAUAUUACCAGAACCUCCUAAAAUACCCGAAUCUAUAAUAUUACCAGAACCUCCUAAAAUACCCGAAUCUAUAAUAUUACCAGAACCUCCUAAAAUACCCGAAUCUAUAAUAUUACCAGAACCUCCUAAAAUACCCGAAUCUAUAAUAUUACCAGAACCUCCUAAAAUACCCGAAUCUAUAAUAUUACCAGAACCUCCUAAAAUACCCGAAUCUAUAAUAUUACCAGAACCUCCUAAAAUACCCGAAUCUAUAAUAUUACCAGAACCUCCUAAAAUACCCGAAUCUUUAAUAUUACCAGAACCUCCUAAAAUACCCGAAUCUUUAAUACUACCAGAACCUCCUAAAAUACCUGAGUCUCUUAAAUUACCAGAACCUCCUAAAAUACCCGAAUCUUUAAUUUUACCAGAACCUCCUAAAAUACCCGAAUCUUUAAUUUUACCAGAACCUCCUAAAAUACCCGAAUCUAUUAUAUUACCAGAACCUCCUGGAUUACCCGAAUCUGUUAAAUUAUCAAAAGCUCCUGGAUUACCCGAAUCUAUUAUAUUACCGGAACCUCCUAAAAUACCCGAAUCUGUUAAAAUACCAGAACCCAUAAAAUCUCCAGAACCUUCUAAAUUUUCAGGACCUAUUAUAUCUCCAGACCCUACAAAAUUGCCUAAAUCACUUAGAACUCCAGAACCUUUUAAAAUUUCAGGACCUAUUAUAUCUCCAGACCCUAAAACAUUACCUAAAUCACUUAGAACUCCAGAACCUUUUAAAAUUUCAGGACCUAUUAUAUCUCCAGACCCUAAAACAUUACCUAAAUCACUUAGAACUCCAGAACCUUUUAAAAUUUCAGGACCUAUUAUAUCUCAAGAACCUCCUAAAUUUCCAGGAGCUGUAGAACCUCCAAAACCGGACAAAUUUCCAUAUUUAACAAGAUAUCUGCAAUCUAUUAAAUCUCCAAAACCUCCUACUCCUAGAGUAAUUAAGUAUGUAUCAUCUAUUAAAUUACCAGCACCUACAAAACCCAUUCAACCGCGUGAUUCUGAAAAGAAGGAAACACCUGAUAAAGGUGAAACUUCUACUGAAAAACAAAGUACGGAAUCACAAAGUAAAAAAGACGAUGAUGAUGAUUCUACGGGUAAAGAUUCCUCUCAAAAAUCAGGUCAAUAUACAACAACCCUUUAA